AUGGACGCCAACGUGCAUAUCAAACGCCGGCGCACUUCUGAUUGCGAUGCACAAAUUGAACCCUUUUUGAGCUCAGAUUCUUCGCCAGACGACUGGAGCAUCUUCCCAUGGAAUAAAUUUUCAGGGUUCACGAUCUCUGAACGCGCGGGCAGACAGACUUCGUGGAUUUGGAAGCAUGGAUUCGAUAUCCAAUCUUGCGACUCUCCCUUGACUCGGAAAUGGGUGUGCAGGCCCUGCCUUAAGAAGCCAAAACCAAAGACCUCGGGUUUCUCUGCCGUUGGCACACAGAAUAUCGAGAAACACCUAUUCAAGGAGCACCGGCUGGUCGACGAGUCAGGGAGGAGGCCACCUGCGACGGAGAAGGGGUGGAAAGACAAGACCCCAUCGAGAAAUAUUGCGGCAAUGCUCAGCCUCAAUGCCCAUGACCCAAAAGAGCAAGCCAUUGCCAAUGCUCUUAUCAGACGCUUUGACCGGGACCACUUUCAGAAGCUGCUUCUUGAGUGGGUGGUCGACGCCAAUAUCUCCUUCCGUCAGCCUGAACACGGUCGUCUUCGGCGUACAUUCGAAUAUCUGAACCCAUCCGUCGCUGUGACAAACGCGCAUAUUUCCCACAGUACUGUGCGCAAGAGAAUCAUCGACCUACAUCGUCGACACAAAGCACAAAUUAUCGACCACCUGAGGAACAUCCCAGGGAAGAUUCAUAUUGCGUUCGAUGGCUGGCGGUCCAGGAACCGGCACGCUCUUUACGGCAUAGUCUGCUUUUACGUUGAUCAUGACGGUGCACCGUGCAAACUGGUGCUUGGUCUUCCGGAGCUGAAGAUGUCGCACUCUGGCGAGAAUAUUGCGGCGCAGGUUCUAGAGAUUCUAGAGGGCUACGAGAUACUUGACAGAUUGGGGUACAUCACGCUUGACAACGCUACCAAUAUGGACUCAGCAGCAGAGGAGAUCGCUAGGGGGGCGCGGGGUCUGGAUCCGCCAAAACGAAGGAUACGAUGCUUCGGCCACGUGCUCAAUCUGGUGGUCAAUGCUCUGCUGUUUGGGCACAAGACUGAGGCUUUCGAGGCUGACGUUGAUGGGGAACCAGGGUUUGACGCUGCUCAGCAUGAAGCCUGGCGUAAGAAAGGGCCUAUCGGCAAGCUCCACAACCUGGUUCAUUGGAUUCACAGGUCUGACAAGCUCACGUACCGUCUCCGGGCUCUGCAGGAAGAUUUUUUCCGGCGCUCCAGCAGCACAGAGAACCGAGCGAGGAAACCACUAGAUGUUGUGCUGGACAAUCACACUCGCUGGCUUUCGACGCUGUACAUGAUACGACGAGGCCUCAAGUUGCGACCGUUCCUCGACGAACUCGUUGAGAAGGCUACGCUCGAGUUCAGCAGGGAACGGCGUAGCGGCCUGAGCAGGCGAGAGGAAAUGCCGUUGUGUGUUCGGGAGGAAAGCAUUUUGGGCGAGAACGACUGGAAAGUUAUCCGGCUGAUGGACAGCGUUCUUGUUGACUUCGAGGAGGCUCUCCGAAUGCUGGAGGGGGAUAGCCAAAAGCGGGCGCGGAGAGGAGGUCAUAUCGAGGCGUACGGCAACAUGUGGGACGUGGCCUCAACGUAUGAAUUCCUGAUGGAAAGGCUAGAAGAGUGGAAGGCAACGGCAGAGAACUACCCAGACCCGGAGCAUUUCAAGGUCAACAUCAACCUAGGCUGGGGCAAAUUAAAUGAGUAUUAUACAAAGCUAGACGAGAGGCCUGUCUAUUACGCUGCGGCGAUACUAAACCCCGUCUCGCGCUGGGGAUACUUCGAGAAUACGUGGAUGGAUACAGCACAACGACCCUGGCUAGCGGAGGCCAAAAGGAUGGUGCGCAAACUUUGGGAGGAGGAGUACAAGUCCUUGCCGACGCGCGAGGUGGGCGAUGAAGAUCCGCCGUUCAAACGGCUGAAAGCCAUGAGUGCGCUUGAGAGGCACCGGGCUCUGAGGACAUCGACAUUGCCGUGCGGGACAUGCCCCGGGAAAAGUCCGUUAGAUGCAGAGCUCGACGAGUAUGACCAAUGGCUAUUGAGUCCUGACCUCAAGCAUGACCCCCUGGUGUCUGACCCCGUGCAAUAUUGGUGGGAGAGGCGCGAUGACUACCCUCGGCUGUCUCGAAUGGCUCUGGAUGUAUUGUCGAUACCGCCAAUGUCUGCAGAGUGUGAACGACUUUUUAGUGUUGCUGGGCAGAUGGUGUCACCUUUUCGAACACGGCUGGAAGCUAGUACAAUAGGAAUUACGCAGACGGUAAGGUCUUGGGUGCGGAAUGGGUUGAUCGACAGUGCAGAUUCGUUGGUUGAUGUGUCGGGAGAAGUUGGGAAUAGCAUCAUAGUAGAGGGAGAGGACGACAUGGAGUAG